AUGAACAGCCGAAGAAGUAUAUGCUAGACAAGCGAACAACAUCGUCGUACGAUGGUCCAUUGGUGCUGAUUUAUUGGUCCCGUUUUCCUUGGAAAUCAAUUCAAUGCUGUAAUUCUUCUUUAUAUGCACAAUACGCGUAUUCUGCAUCCGCAGCGAAUAUGGAGGCCUUGGAAACUGGCGACGGACGUCAACAUCCGGCCACUGAUGAAGUGCGAUUUGUGGGAACAGAACAGACAGGUACAGAAGCGCCAUUCGAUGUCGGAACUUCCCUCCCAACCCAGAUGGAAACGAACGAGUUUGAACAUAAAGAGGUUUUGACUCCACUGGUCCCAUGUCGCAUGGAGGCUUUGAACGCCUCUCCGUCCCACUCGGAAGACGAGACCGAAGAAGGGGGUGCGGCCAGCGACAAAGAUGACGACGACCUGGAGGACGAGGAGGAGAUGGACGCUACUCCCGUGCAAGCAAACAACUCUGAUUCGGAGGAGAACGCCGGCAGGGGCACGUAUUGCGCAUCUUUCAAUUUGGACGAGAUGAUGGACAUCGGUACUGUGGAUCAGCAGGAACAGGAAGCCCAGAUGAGCACUGAAGAUAACUUUGCAGGUGGAGUGUUUGAGGAAGACGAGGCCAAAAUUGAGUCAGAUGUUGAUAUGAAUGCCAACUUGGAUGAGAAAGCAGGUGAAGAGAAAGAGGAGGCAAAUAAAGAAGAGGUAAUAGAAAAUCAGGUGAAUGAAGAGAAAGAGGAGGCAAAUAAAGAAGAGGCAAUAGAAAAUCAGGUGAAUGAAGAGAAAGAGGAGGCAAACAAAGAGGAAAAAGAACAUCAGGAGGAUGAAGAGAAAGAGGAGGCAAACAAAGAAGAGGCAAAAGAAAAUCAGGAGGAGGAAGAGAAAGAGGAGGCAAACAAAGAAGAGGCAAAAGUAAAUCAGGAGGAGGAAGAGAAAGAGGAGGCAGACAAAGAAGAGCCAAAAGAAAUACAGGAGGAUGAAGCGAAAGAAAAGGAAGAGGAGGGAAAACAAGAGGAGAUAAAAGAAAAGGAAGAGGAGGCAAAACAAAAGGAAGCGGGUGAAGGGAAAGAGGAGGCAAAACGAAAGGAAGCGGAUAAAGAGAAAAAGGAGGCACAAGAGGAAAAACAAGUAGUAGGGCAAAACGAAGAGGCAUCGAAUGAAAAAGAGGAGGGAAAGAAAGAAGAGAAGGAGCAGGAAAAAGAGGAGGAAAAGAAAGCAGAAGAGGAGGAAAAGAAAGAGGAGAAAAAAGAAGAGGAGAGAGCGCCUUUCUAUGCCACUCGUUCCAGGAGCAGAAGUGCCAAAAGCCCCGCGUCAGCGUCUGACAUGACCAACGGAAAACUGUUGGUCUCCGCGUCCAGUUCUUCAUCGUCGUCUUCGCCGCCGCUCAUCAAAAUCAAAGACGAGCCCAUGGACGAGGAAUACGAGCAGGCCCACUUGAGCGGGGCCAUCAGUAUGAAAGACGAGCCCUUUGUUGCCAAGGAAGAGGACCUGCAGAUCGACUCUGUGUACUCUGUAACUCCGGACGGCGACGGCAGAAGGCAACGAGGUGUCCGGGGAUCGUCAUCCGCUUUGAACAUGUCCUGCGCUCACUGUCGGAUGGGGCUGCUCAAAGGCCAGACAGCGUACCAGCGCAAAGGCUCGCCGGCGCUCUUCUGCUCCGCCAACUGCCUCACCUCUUCUCUGAGCUCUCCCCGAAUAGUCAAAACUUGCUACCGCUGUCAAAAGCGCAUAUUCCGCCCUCAGGACGUCAUCCUGGCUCCGGAUGUGGACGGCGUGACAAGAGACUUCUGCAGCGAGAUGUGCCUGAGCGCAUUCAAUCACAGGAAAAACUCCAGUGCAUCUGACAACAAACCGCAGUCGCAGUGCAGCAUGUGCGGCAAAAUCGGCAUUAGCAAGCACGAAGUGCCCCUUGGUGGCACCAACCACAGUAUGUGCAGCGACUCGUGCUUCACGUCCUUCCGCACCACCCACCGGCUGACCAUGGCGGGCUGCGCCAACUGCGAAGCCAGCUGCCCCGUGAAGCCACUCCUGCUGAAGAUGGAGGGCAGCAGCAAGACACUGUGCAACGUCAGCUGCCUCAUCAAUUACAAAAAGAAAACGAAGAUAACCCUGUCAUGCACCAUGUGUCAUUCCCCACGGCCGCUCGCCGAUAUGAUCCACAACAAAAGCACUGACGACUCCGUGAGCCUCUUUUGCAGCAGCAGCUGCAUCAUGGCCUUCACUGUCCAGAGUGUCAGCUCCUCAGGCGCACAGAUGAGCUGCGAGAACUGCGGCAAGAACGCCCUACCGGCGUACCACCUGGCCAUGUCCGACACCUCCAUCAGAAACUUCUGCUCGCUGUCGUGCGUCAUGACAUUCCAGGAGAAGUUCAAGGUGAAGCAGAAACAAGGGACCGUUUACCCAAAGUUGUCGAGGGCGGCCAAUGUGGAGCAGAGCACCGAACCUCAACCACUGCCGCAAGGGGCCGCGCCCACGCUCAGCUGUGCCCAGUGCGCUCGUACGAUGUCGUUCAAACCCGAUGUCAUUCACGUCAAGGACAAAGUGGUGUUUGUGUGCGGUUGGAGCUGCGCCCUGGAGUUCAAGACCACCAAAAACGUGAGCGCCAAGUGCGAGUACUGCAAGCAGGAAAAGAUCAGCCGGGAGGUGAAACGUAUCAAUGGCAAGGAUUGCUCCUUCUGCAGCCACGGCUGCAAACUGCUGUACGAACACGAACUGGACGCACUCUGGGGCAAGCACUGCAAGUCCUGCUCGUAUUGCCAGUGUGUUUCCAAGAACCUGGAGAAGGCACUCUACGGCGAAUCCAAUGAGGAGUUCUGCUCAGAGGACUGCAGGUCCAACUACACUAUGCUUUUCUGCCAUGUUGCAAAGUGCGCCUCAUGUGGUCGGAAAGGCAAACUGAAGCACAGUCUCAUCUUGCUGGGAGAGGUCCGCAACUUUUGUGACCUACCAUGUUUGUUACGCUAUUGCAACCUCCAGGUCAAGACACAAGGCGAAGUCUUCCCGCAAGACUCCCCUGUCAUCGCAAAUGUGGUCUCUCUCGCGGACACAACCGCCGCUGACAAACCCACUAAGCAAAGCAUGCGACUAUUAUGCAAAAAUGACACACCUCCACCAGCUGUAGAUACUCCAGUCAGGCGAAGAAGACGAGGAAGAGAGGAAUCUAACCCUUCCACAGUUGUUCGAGGAAAAGGUGCUGAGUCGCAAACAGACUCUGAUGUGAUCGUUAUUAACGACAGUCCGGUAAAAAAGACGUAUUCUUCCACCACCACACAUUCUACGACCAAUUCGUCUAAAUCGAUGAAGAAUAAGGCUCUGCUGUGCAAGCCGCUGGUGCAAAACAAGGGCAUCUCUUGUCGGACGCAGACAGUCGACGUAGAGUCACAGACAGAAUUGACCAUACCAAAGGUCAUGAUGGUGCCCAUUCCUGUGCCGGUGUAUGUCCCCAUUCCCAUGAACAUGUACAGCCAAUGGACCCCCAAGCCGUUGGGUUUUCCCCUGCCUCUCCCAGUGCCAAUGUUUCUGCCUGUCACCAUGAACAAUGCCGACCGCAUCGUGGACACCAUCAAAAAGAUCAAGGAUAAGUUCCCGGAAGACCCGUUCGAGGCCGAGCUCGUUCUCAUGGCCGAGAUGGUGUCGGAGACCAAUGGAGACAAAGAGACGCGUCCGGGAACUGCUGCCGGAGGAGAUGGGAUAAGCACCUAUAGCGAUGACUUGGACACUGCAGAUCUAGCCAGCCUGCUAAACAGCUGGGACGAUCCCAAUGUCCCUGGACCUCCCCUGGACAUAGAAAACGACUUCCCUGUCGAAGUCCUUGAGAAGAUGAGCCAGCAGCGAGAGCCGUCGCCAGCGAGUCCCGUGCGCACCAGUUCCCGAAAACGCCAGGCAUCCAGGAAAGUCAGAGAGUCGAGGGGUCGUAAAAAGUCGAGCAAGAGCGCCGAGGCAUCCGGCAAAAAAGGAUCCGGUGCAACCAACACACUCCCCAAUGUCCUGAAGCUGAAAAGCGAGUACGGUGUGGACGCCUGGAAGAGAUGGAUCCGCUGGAGGGAUACUCAGCCCGACCUGGAGCAACCUCCACGUAUCGGAAUGCGCCAGUUAGUGCUGAAAGAAGACAUCCUCUCCUGCAACUCAGCGGAGGUGAGCUACGGUCUCUGUCAAUUCAUCAACGAGGUCAAGCGGCCCUCUGGCGAGCGCUACAAGCCCGACAGCCUCUUCUACCUCUGCCUCGGCAUCCAGCAGCACCUCUUUGAGAAUGGCCGUGUGGAGAACAUAUUCACGGACAGCUUCUACAGCAGGUUCUCCAAUGAGUUCACCAAUAUGCUUAGAGGCUUCCAGCCUUCCCUCACAGCCAGCGGUUACAUCCACACACGCGUUGAGGAGGAAUUCCUAUGGGACUGCAAGCAGCUCGGCGUGUACUCGCCCAUCGUGCUGCUCAACACACUGCUCUUCUUCUUCUGCAAGAACUUCGGCUUCACCACGCCCGAGCAACAUCGCCAGCUGUCCUUCGCCCACGUCAUGCGCUGCACCAAAACCGGCCAGGGCAACGUCAAGACUACCUUCCUGCGCUUCUACCCGCCCAUCGAUCCCAAUGAAGAAAUGGAUGGCGCUCCAGCAAAGAGGCGUAGGGAAAAUGAAGACGAGAGAGAUACGCGAGAGGAGAAGAUCCUAGAGAUGAAGGAGAACACAGAGAAUCCUCUACGCUGUCCCGUGCGACUGUACGAGUUCUACCUUUCAAAGUGCUCAGAUACGGUAAAGCAGCGCACCGACGUCUUCUACCUGCUGCCAGAGCGCUGCUGCGUGCCCAACAGCCCUCUGUGGUUCUCGGCCACGCCGCUGGACGAGGAAACCAAGGAGGCCAUGCUCACUCGUAUCCUAGUCGUGCGCCAGAUGCAGGAGGCCCUCAAGGAGCAGACAUUCGACCCCGAAGACUACGAAGACAAGGACGAGUACACCGGCGGCGGUGGCGGCGGUGGCGGCGGUGACGACGACGAAGACGACUUGGAUUGGCUGUGACGAGCUGGCGGACUCUCAUCGAGGACGCGUCAUUGAAAGUGUCUUGAAGGUAGCGCUCGUUUGGAUUCGACUUUCCGUAACACAAAUGGCAGCAAAGCGCCCGCCGACCUUCGAAAAACUUGUUUUGAGCGUAAGGAAUCAGUUGGAAUUCCAUGAUAAGCAUUUUUUGCUUUUCUUUUCUUUUAUUUGGGAAUGUAUUCUCUGAACCCGUCUUCUUAAGGUCCGAUCAAUGUCAAUCAAUGAGAUUAAACUGUGCUCUUUUUUUCUAUUGUCUUACUUUUCCAUCAGUAUUUCCCAACCUUUUUUAAGCCGAGACUUGAAUUUGACAUUUAAAAAAUAUCUCAACACACUACCAGACAAAACAUGUCACAAAGUAUAUACUGUACACUGAAAGAAUGAUCAUGUCUUUAUUUGCUUAAUUGGUCUGAACCUGCUUCAUUAAGCGAAAACGCUAAUAUUAAGUCAUAUGAGAGAUAAUCUGGUAAUCUUCUGCCCUCUAGUGGAAGAGCAUUGAGUUAUUCUGUCACUGGUAUAGAUAAAUGAACAAAGAUAUGUAGUCAUUUUCAAACCAGUUCGGAUCAUGUGUGGUUGGGAAUUACUGCUGUAGACUGACAAGUAAUCCAGUGUAGUUUAGAAAUGACUUUACAAUCUGAGUGAAAGUACGUAUAAAAAUGUGGUUAUAGGCACUUUUAAGAUGAGACGUGUUGGCCUUCCCCGGAUUUUAUUAUGUACAAACAUAUAUCCAUUCAUGUAUCCCCUCACAGCAUUUUGUAACGAGUUUCUUUUUUUUUCUUUUUUUUUAAUAAAACAAACUGCCUGUGGUGAA